AUGGAAGCGGCAAAUGCUAACCUCAAUCUGGAGGAGGUUACGCAAAACGUGGCUGAGAAACAUAACCUCAAACUGGUUGAGGUUAUCCAACAAGCGGCAGAAACACCCAUGCCUUCUUCAAGUGGGACAAGCUACAACGCGGUGAGCAAACCUAACCUCACUCCUGCUAAGGUAUCCGACAGUGUGGCUAAUCGGCUAGCCAUUAUGAAGCGGCGGCAGGAGGCGGAGAGGAAACGGAUGGAGCUCGAGUUGCAGCUGAAGUUUGUGAAGGAGGAGGAGGACUUGUUGUCCGAGGAGUUGGGUGUGAUUGCGAUUUCGGGAGCAUCGACUGUGACACCGUCCCGGCCGGAUGGAGAAUCGAUGCGAGGCUCGCUGCAGGAUGAGCGUGGUCCCGCCCCGCGACUGGAAAGUGUUCAUCGAAACGUGCCAACCGAAUUACCCGAGUUUUCAGGGGACCCGGCGGAAUGGCCCGUAUUUAUUGCGCACUACGAUUACACAACGGAGAAAUGUGGUUUUUCCAACUGGGAAAACAUGAUACGGCUGCAGAAGGCGCUCAAAGGACCUGCGCUAGAAGUUGUGCGAAGCCGUUUAGUGCUACCGGAGGUGGUGCCACAAGUGAUUGCGACGCUGCGAUCGCGCUAUGGUCGGCCGGAACAUCUCAUUUCAGCGCUGAUUGGGAAAAUGCGUCGGAUGCCUGCACCUUGCAGGGAGAAGCCCGAUACUGUUGUGGCGUUCGGCGAGGCAGUGCGGAGCAUGGUAGAUCACAUGCAGGCUGCUGGUCUACGGGCACACUUGACCAACCCGUUGCUGCUGCAAGAGAUCGUGGAAAGGUUGCCGACGAGCGAGCAGUACAGCUGGGCACGGCACAUACGAGGCGUGACGGAACCGGAUCUUAUCGUGUUUGGCGAAUUCAUGACGGAAUGGAUGGACGAUGCUGAAACGUUAACCAGGCUGGAUUCACCCUCAUUGAAAGCAGUAGACAGGAAGAAACCUAACACCAAGGGUUACGUGCAUGCGCACGUGGAAAACCAGGGAGCGACCACAUCGGGAACAAGAGCCAUCCAGUCUCGCGAGAUCGGCAGCGAGCAGAAUAAUAUAGAAAGCCGUGAAGGAGGAAUCGAUGGUGGUGUCAUUGCGGAGAGUAACCAUCACCAAUACGUGUUAUCAUCAUCGAAGGCGCUAUUUCGAAUAGUGCCUGUCACCGUGUAUGGACCGGCUGCUACGGUGACGACGUUUGCGUUUUUGGAUGAAGGCUCGUCCAUGACGCUGGUGGAUGACGAUUUGGCUGAACAAUUAGGUGUUGAGGGCAAGGUGGAGCCACUUUGCAUCCGUUGGACAGGCAACACUACAAGGGUCGAGGCUGGAUCCAGACGAGUAAACCUGAAGGUGGGACCUGUUGGUUCUACAAAGCGGUUUGCCAUCCACUCGGUACGGACUGUGCCAGGGCUAAACCUACCUCGACAAUCCUUCGUGCAGGACGAAGGGAGAUGGCAACAUUUGGAGCGGCUACCGAUUCGGCAAUAUCGGGAUGCGGAACCCAAGCUGCUUAUUGGAUUGGACAAUUUGCGGUUGGCGGUCCCUCUCAGGACUAAGGAGGGAGGCGUUGGUGAUCCAAUCGCAGUAAAGACACGCCUUGGGUGGUGUAUUUACGGAAAACCGGCGAAUCUGGAGUGUGAACGGUUGUUGCAUAUUUGCGAGUGCAACGACCAAGGUAACAUUCACGAGACGAUUCGGGAAUAUUUCGACAUGCAGUUGAUUGGUGCUGCACACGGCGUCGAACAGGAUCCAGAUGAGCGGCGUGCGAAGCAGAUUCUGGACACUACCACGGCACGAAUCGGGAAGCGAUUCGAAUCGGGAUUACUGUGGAGGAAAGAUGACAUCGAGCUACCUCCUAGCAUCGACAUGGCGCGUCGUAGGUUCAAUUGUUUGGAGAGGAGGAUGGAGCGAGAUGGACAUCUUAAGGAACAAGUACAUCGCCAGAUUCGAGAUUUGUUGAGCAAGCAGUACGUUCACAAGGCUACGUUGCGUGAGCUGGAGGAGGCUGACCAGCGACGCGUAUGGUACCUACCAAUAGGGGUGGUUACCAACCCAAAUAAACCUGGAAAGGUUCGGCUGAUUUGGGACGCGGCAGCUAAGGCGCAUGGAACAUCGUUGAACGACAUGCUGCUGAAGGGACCAGACGAGCUGAGCUCGUUACUUGGCGUACUCUUCCGAUUUCGUCUGUACGCAGUGGCGGCGUGUGCAGACGUGAAGGAGAUGUUUUUGCAGAUUAUGAUACGAAAGGAAGACAAACACGCGCAGCGUUUCUUGUGGCGUUACGAACCAACGGACGAGUUGGAAACCUACAUCGUGGAUGUUGUAAUGUUCGGGUCUGCGUGUUCACCCGCAACGGCGCAGUAUGUCAAGAACCGAAACGCUCGAGAGCACAUGGAACAAUUCCCACGAGCGGUGGAGGGAAUUAUUGAAAGCACUUACGUAGAUGACUUUCUGGACAGCUUCGAGACGGAAGAAGAAGCAUGUCAGUGGGACGAAGAGAUUAACGACAUGCAGUUGAGACAUUGGCGUAGAUGGAUUGAUCUGCUUCCGGCAAUAGCAGACCUACGCAUUCCGCGCAGUUACUUUGCGGCAGCAUCGAAGAAGAUGUACGAGAAUGGCGAAUAG